CGGUUCUUAUACAAACUACAAACCGCUUUUUAAUUUUAAUUUUUUAAUUUGGUUAUUGUUUACUUCAACCAGAUGUUUCGAAUCAGUCAGAAUUUGAUUACUUCAUUAUCACAUGAAUUUUUUUAAUAUUACAACGUACCUAUCUUUAAUAGAGUGAAUAGCCAAUUAGUAUAUCGAGUGUUAACUUCGAAAAAUAUAAGAUGAUCAACAGUCAACCAACUUCAUAUUAUUUUUUGAUUGUUAUGGUAUUAUAAUCUGUAAUGAUACUUGUAAGUCGUAAUAUUAAUCUUAUAGUUACUUUACAAUGUAUAAUAUACAAAUAAUAAGAUAACUUCAUGGUGUGGACUACAAGACAUCAUUAAAACUUAAAAUGUAAUUUGCACACUACAAAGGAAAACUAAUGGUUAAAUACAAAUGCAAAUGCAAAUACACCGAGAUUCACUAUAGUAUAUAAUCAUGAAUAUUCAAACUGGAAAUGGAUUAGAUUAAAUUAUAACUAUAUUUUAGGCCAACACGAAUAAAUUUUAAUACUAAAAUGGAACAAAAUACUAUGGAAAUAGUUCACGAUAAUGCAUCAAAUGAUAAAGCUGAUGUUGAAAUGGAACAUCAAAAUGAAAAAGAUAUAAAAAGUAAAGAAGAAAAACAAGAGUCACUUGUCAAAUUAAAUGAAUUAACAGAAUGUUAUAAUACUAUAGAUGAACCACGAGAAAUUAAUGAAGAUAAUAAUUUUGAUAAAAAUAAUAGUAAUAUAGUAUUAGGUUCGAAAUUAAGAAAUUUAAAUGAAUAUGUAAGCUGUGCUAAUGUGAUAAAAUUACAAGAGUUAAAAAGUGACCCAUUAUUUGAAGAUACAAGUGAAACUAAAAUCAUACCAGAAUUGAAUAAUUUUUCCAGCCAUGAAUUAGAACCUGAACAAUAUUUUAAAUUAAUUUCUAAACAAACUGAGAACUUCAAUUUAAGCUGUGACGAUACUAAUAUAAUUUUACCUAGUUUCUCUGAUUCACAUUGUACAGACAGUUUUUCUUGUUCUCUUUAUUCAAAUAACAUAUCUAGUCCAUCUAGUCCGUCAUGUAUUUCUUAUAUGUCUUCUUUGCCUGAAACAUCAAAUGAACAUUCAGAAUAUAAUUUCCACAAAGAAGAUCUUUUAUUUAGUUAUUUUGAAAAAAUUUCUUAUGAUAAUUCUGAACCAAUGUCAAGUUCUAAUGAGAUGAUCGAAACAAAAGAAGAUGUUGAUAAUGUUGAAAUAUUGUCAUUAGUUAAGGGUAAUCAUACUAAUGAAUCAUUAGAAAAAAAAAAAUUAAUUAAGCUCAAUCUUCUUCAAUAUGUAUUAGAAAAUGUAAAAUUAGAAGAUAACAAUGAAGUUCAAAAAAAUUCUGAAUGUUUUGUAGAAGACAGAAUAAUUAUUAAUCCAGAUAUUAUGUACAAUAUUGAACUUAAAUUACAUCUUAAAAAAAUGAAACUCUUAACAGAACAAGUUUCAAAAACACCUGAUGACUUGACGAUGUUAAAUGAAUGUAAAGAAUUAAUGAUAAUCCCUGAAAUGAAACACGGGCGACAAAUAAUUACAGAUGAAUGUAACCCAUUUCCUGAAGAUAUUACUGAAUCAAAUUGUGAUAAUAUUCAACACAAGGACGGGGAUAAAAUCUUAGUCAGCCUAGCAGCAUUGCUCUCUCAUGUUGGAUUUGAUUUUACUUCAAAAGACACUUUAUACCUUCUAAGAGAUGAAGCAAUCAAUUACAUAAAAAAAUUUGCAAAUAUUAUGAAAAACAAUUUAGAUAUGCAAUCAAAAAGUUCUUAUCCAAGCAAUAUUGAUCCAAUUCUGAAUAGUUUUCAAGAGAUGGGUAUGAAAGAUGGUGUGGUAGAAUUGAUCAAACAUAAAAAUGAUGUAUUUGGUAAGCGUAAUAACUUACUGAAGGAAUGUGAGCAUUUUCAAUUAACAAUUGAUCAGUUUGUUAAAAGUUCAUUAUUAACUCCUCCAAUUAACAAUAAAUAUGACACUCAAAAAUUCUCUGUUGGAGAACAAUCAACGAGUAAAAUUAAUGUUACAAAAAAAAGUAUAAAAGAAAAAGCGUCCACAAGUACUCAAAUUAAUCAUUCUAAAUAUGGCAAUGUUGAUAACAUAAAUAUAGAAUAUAUUGAAACUGAUACAGUUGAUGUUCAUAAUAGGAAAAUGUACUUUACAAAAUGUUCGAAUACUGAUUUACAACUUAACGAUCUCUUGAAAUGUUCACAUAUGUUAACAAAACCCUCAAACUGUAAAUUUGAUUCAUUUACAACUAAAAAUUCAUUUUUAAGUACUAAUAAUUUAUGUAAACAACAGAAUGAAAAAAGUAUUAAUCAUCUGAAAAAUAAAAAACUUCUUGAUGUACUUCAGCCCGACAAUAUUUUUGAUACAACUGAAAGCAAAAUGAAUAUUGAUAAAGUAAAAAUCCAAUCUACUUCGACCUCUAAUACAGUUACUCCUAAUUUUGUUAAAUCUAUUGGAUUAGAUCAAGCGUCUUUCCAAAAAGUUAUUGAUGAAUUCAAUACAAAUUUUGAUCACGAAUCUGUUUAUGGCAACUGUUCAUCGUCGCAAAAUAUUCCUAUCUUAAAUAAUUCAGAUAUUGACAAUGCAAUGAAUGAAGAAAACUACUCAGACUACCCCAAUUGAGAUGAAUAAAUUAUAAUUAUGAUUCAAUUUUCAAGAAAAUAUAUUUGCUUACAUUAUCUCUGUCCAAUAAAAAUA